AUGGAGAAACGCGCGGCGGCGCAGGCGAGACUCGCGGCGGCGCAAGCGGCGGCGGCGGCGUCCGCGGCGGCGGCGAAAAAGAAGACCGAUGAUGGUGGUCACGCGAUCUCCAAGGAUGAGCUUCAGGAGCUGCUGAAGGAGUUCGCGCCGGGAGAGAGCUUCGAACCGGAGGUUGAGGAAAUGCUGUUGGAGAUUACGGACGACUUCGUCGACAACGUGCUCGAACACGCGGCGCGAUUAGCGAGACAUCGAGGAAGCGAGGCGGUGGAACCGAAAGAUGUGUUGUUACAUCUCGAGCGGCAGUGGGAUAUGCACAUUCCCGGGUACGGUGGUGAAGAGGUGCCAAAGUAUACGGAGAAGCAAAGCGUGGAGACGCACUCGAGACGACUGGCGGCGGUGCGACGGUCGGUAGCCGCGGCCACGGCGGCGCAAAACGAGCAACGCAAGCAAGCUCGACUCGCAGCCGAUCGUGCGACGAAAGGAAAAGGAGAUAUGGGCGCGGAAGACGCAUAG